AUGGCACCCACACGCACCAAGGCAUCAGCCAUUGGCCAACCCGCUCAGCCCAACCAGUCGUCGCGCAAGGGCAAAAAGGCGUGGCGUAAGAACGUCGACCUCACCACCACCGAAACAUUCCUGGAAGAGCAGUCUGACCCUCUCCGUCAAACUGCUUCUGACGUGCUCUUCGUGGAUGACCGUUCCGGCCAAGAAACGCUCACCGCCAAACAGGCACGAACCAAGCGACCGUUGAAAAGCCUCGAGAUCUUGCAGAACAGCUACGGACAUGCUGCACUCGAGCCGGCUCGCAGACAGUCGUCGUCGAAGGCUGGAGGGGUGGAUAAGAAGCUGGAGCAGCGUCUGCGCAAGAUGGUAGGGCGCCAAAAGGUUUCAACGAAAGGCGAUGCUUCCGCGAUCGUGGAUCACAGCGCUGAAGUGGUCAACAAGAACCUGGGCGAAGUGUACGAUGUUUGGAACUCCUCUUCGAGCGACGCAAAGGGGAAGUCCAAAGCAGCAGCAACCAGCAGCACGGACAACGACUGGAUCCCCGCCACUGUCGCGAAACCCUUGGUCAACCUGCCCAAGACACUGCGUCGGGCCGAUCACGACGUCGCGUCCAGUCUGCCUGCCAUUGACCUGCCCCACCCAGGCUCGUCGUACAACCCGGACCUCGAGUCGCACGAAGCGCUCAUCAAUGAAGCAUACGAGAUCGAGAAGCGGCUCGAGGAGAACGAGCAGAUGGACAAGACCGAGCGCGAGCAGUGGCAGGCGAAGCUCGCCAUCGUCGCACGCGAGGCUGAGCUGCGUCUGCAGAAGGACGAUGAUCUGAGGCGAUACCGCGGCAUGGACGUUGAUGUUCCCGGUCUCGCCUCCCACGACGAACAAGACGAUGCCGCCGAAGACGAGGAGGAGAAGGAGGAGGAGGAGGAGGGCGACGAGGAGGAUGAGGAAGAAGGAGGAAGCGCUGGACCCAAACGCAAGACGCGUGCCCAACGAGCGCGCGCUAAGCGCGCACGCCUGCAACAAGCCGAAGCCGCCCGCCGCAAGCAAGCCCGUAUCGACGCCGCCGCGAUCCUCCAGCUGCCUGCGCUCAAACGUCGUACCGCACGCCUCGCCCUGGCGCGCCAACAGGCCUCCGCGCUGCGCCGCGAACAAAAGCAAUCCCUUCUCGCCAAACAAGGCCUCUCCGGCAUCAAGGUCGGCAAACACACGGUGCCGCAGCAGAGCAUCGACGUGCAGACCGGCGACGAACUCUCCGAGAGCCUGAGGACGCUUCGUCCCGAAGGCAACCUGUUCCGCGACCGCUACGUCAAGCUGCAGACCAGGGGUAAGGUCGAACCGCGUGUGAGGCAGGAGAGGACCAGGAGGGUGAAGAAGACAAAGGCGUACGAGACGCACGACUAUAAGAAGUUCCAGUAG